AUCACUGUAUAUGUAAAUGUAACUUUAGGAAAAGGAAUAGUGACGUCACUCUGCCGUUAUUGGUCCGCUGCUGUUACGACAGGAAGUGUGCCGAUAUUUGCGACAGUGUAUCGAUUGACGGCACCCACGUGUUCUUCCUGCUGGUCUUGCUUCUUCAUAGUAAACAUGGCAAAGGUCCUUAAAAAGAGCGUGAAAAAGAAAAAGAGUGUUAAAAAGAGAAGUGACGUCAGCAAGAAAAGCGCAAAGAAACAGACGAACGCCGAUGACGAGGAGGAAUUAAUGGAGGAUUUGAACGUGGACGAUGGAAGCGUGGACAGCGGAACGGAGGAGCCUGACUGCGAUGGCAGCGAACGAAAGCGGCUCAAGCUGCUGGAGGCGAUCAGCGCCCUGGGCGGCAAGAAGAAGAGGCGGAUCGGGGAGAGGUCCGAGGCGGCUGUCAACAUGUCCGAGUUCACGGUGAACGCCGAGGGAGAGGGCGACAAAAUCCAGCUGUCGGAUCUGAUCCAGAGCGCCAACGAGACCCAGACGGUCCCGCUGAAGACGAGGAAGCAGCUGAAACACCUGCAGCAGCAGCACAACACUCUGGACAGUCCGCUGAGCAAACAGGAGACCCAGAGGAUCCAGCGGGAUGUGGCGUUCCAGAAGACGGCCGCGGAGGUGUCUCGCUGGAAGGGGGUCAUUUCACAGAACCGGCAGGCUGAGCAGCUGGUGUUCCCCCUCAACCAGGAGUCUGCUGGACCCAAACCCAUGGAGCGGGUGGUGACGAGCUGGAGAGCAGAGACCCCACUGGAGCAGCAGGUCUUCGCCCUUCUGAGUGCCAACAAGCAGCCCACCCUGGACCCCGUCCUCACCCCCGUGGAGAAGUUGUCGCAGAGAGCCAUCAGUUUAGAAGAGGCCAAAAUCCGGCGCGCGGAGCUGCAGAAGGCCCGGGCCCUGCAGUCCUACUACGAGGCCAAGGCCCACAGAGAACGGAAGAUCAAGAGCAAGAAGUACCACAGGGUGCAGAACAAGGCCAAGCGAAAGGAGUUCGUCAAGCAGUUUGACCAGAUGGUGAAAACGGACCCGGCCGCCGCGCUGGAGGAGCUGAACAAGAUCGAGGUGGCCCGGAUGCAGGAGAGGAUGUCGCUGAAGCACCAGAACAGAGGCAAGUGGGCCAAGUCCAAGGCUAUCAUGGCCAAGUAUGACAAGGACGCUCGCAAAGCGGUGCAGCAGCAGCUGGAGGUCAACAAGGACCUGACGCAGAAGCUGGUGAGAUCUCUGAACGAUGAGGAGGAGGAGGAGGAGGAGGAGGCAGCAGUAGGAGAACCGGAGUUGAUGCCUGACUUUGUGAAUCAGGCCGAGUCGGGCCUGGAUUCUUCUAAUCCUUGGAUGAAGGCUCAGCUGCCAGAAGCUUAUGCAGAGAGACUAGAGGAAGAGUCUGUGGGCGUGACACCGGAGAAGGCUGAAAUGGAAGUGAACAAAGCUGAGGAGGAGGAGGAAGAGGAGGAGGAGGACAACAGAGAAGAGGAGGAGGUUCUCCUCAGUCAGUUUGAGCAGAGGAGGAAACUCAGUCGACUCCAGGAGGCUGACGUCAAACUAGUUCCACAGGUGGAGAACCAGGAGGAGGAAGAUGCAGCACAGGAAUCCUCGGACCAUGAGGAGGAGGUGGAGGAGGAGGAGGAGGAGGUGGUGGAGGAGCAGCUUGCUCACUUCACCAGUCUCUUCCAGGCAAUAACCAAGAACUCACAGGACGAUGGAGCGGAGCGAGCGGCGCCGGUACAAAUGGAGGAAGGGCUGGUGAGGAUCAGGACCGUGGAGGACGUGGAGCUCCUCACGGAGGAUCUGGUAGCAGCGGAUCAGCCCCCACAGAGCGACCCUGCCCCCCCCGCAGAGAACCCGCCCAGCACCGCUGCGGCCGCAGGCAAAAGCAGGAAGAACAGGAGAGGGAUCGAGCUGACGGAGGUUCUCACCAAAGACACGGUGGACAUCGACGUCCCCCUGGGUCCAACGGUCACUGAAACGGAAGAUACCAGCGAGGAGGUCAAAGGUCAAAGAGGGCUCAUCAGCGAGGCCUUCGCCGGAGACGACGUGGUCGCCGACUUCAUCAAAGACAAGAGGAAGCACGAAGACGAAGGCAAACCUAAGGUGGUGGACCUGACGCUGCCCGGCUGGGGGGAGUGGGGGGGCACCGACCUGAAGCCCUCCACCAGGAAACGCAGGCGGUUCAGACUCAGGAGUGUGCCCCCUCCCCCGAGGAAGGAUCAGCAUCUGCCCAGUGUCAUCAUCUCAGAUAAGAGGAACAGUUCCAUCACCCUCCACCAGGUGGAGAGCCUGCCCUUCCCCUUCACAAACCCCUCCCAGUUUGAGAGCACGAUCGGCGCCCCCGUCGGACGCACCUGGAACUCAGAGCAGGUCGUGCGAAAGGUCACCAAACCCAAGGUGGUCACCAGGCUCGGAACUAUCAUCGAGCCCAUGACCCAGGAGGAGCUGAUGAAGGGCAAACAGUAACAGUGGGGGGGCGGGGUGUGUGUGUGUGUGUGUGGGGGGGGGCAUUAUGAGAAGAAGCUACAGUUCAAAGACUUUGGUUUUUGUUGAUUGUCGUCAAAGAAAAAAAAAAUUUCAUUACAUUUCUGUCCCGCUCCACAGUGACCUUAUUUUCCUUCUUCUUCUUUUCCUUCUUCUUCUUCUUCUUCUUCUUCUUCUUCUUCUUCAUUUUUACCCUCCGUGGUGUUCAUGUUCAAACAGAGCAGUAAAUAAUACCAGUUUUUUUCUAACGUGUUGUUGAUGUGAAGGUCAGUAACUUUCACUCUUCAUUCUGUACAAACAGCAAAAUAAACAAAAAAAAAAA